CUGAACGACCCUUUCUGUGCGCCUGCAGCCUCUCUCUGGUCAAUAGAGUAGGUGUCGCCUCUCUUAGCAGUUAGCUCCACCAAUGCUCUCUCUCAACCCUUUACACCAGCUGCAUGCAGCACCUUUAUUACCCUCAACACAGCCCAAAGCUUCUCCCCGUUUCUGCCCUCUGCGCCACUCUAUCACUUCCAACAACCACGCUGCCAUCUUCUCUCUUCGCCAUCGCCGAGAACUCUGCGUGCGAGCCUUCGACACUCCUCAGCCGUUUGACUAUGAAUUCAAGCUCGCCGCUCAUCAUGCUCAUCUCCACUCCUGCCAGCAUCUCAAGAUUGCCAUCAUUGGCUUCGGAAACUUCGGGCAGUUCCUGGCAACCACCCUCGUCCGCCAAGGCCACACCGUACUCGCCCACUCUCGCUCUGACUACUCCGACGCCGCCAAGUCCCUCGGCGUUUCCUUCUUUUCCGACCCCCACGACCUUUGUGAAGAACACCCAGAAGUCAUUCUGCUCUGUACGUCUGUAAUCUCCACCGAAUGGGUCGUCAGCUCCCUCCCUCUCCAGCGACUCAAGCGUAGCACCUUGUUCGUCGACGUUCUUUCUGUCAAGGAGUUUCCCAGAGACAUACUUCUCGAACUUUUGCCCUCCGAUUUCGAUGUGAUUUGCUCUCACCCAAUGUUCGGACCCCAAAGCGCUAGACACAACUGGAACGGACGUGCCUUUGUUUACGAAAAGGUUCGAAUUGGCAAUGAAGAAUCGAGGAUUUCGCGGUGCGAGAAGUUCCUUGAUAUUUUCGCGAGAGAAGGGUGUAGAAUGGUGGAGAUGUGCUGCGAGGAGCACGACAAGCACGCGGCGGGGUCGCAGUUUAUUACCCAUACGGUUGGGAGGGUCUUGGAGCUGUUCAACUUGGAGUCCACGGCUAUUAAUACCAAGGGGUAUGAGGCCUUGUUGGAUUUGGUUGAGAACACGGCCGAGGACAGCUUUGAUUUGUAUUACGCGCUAUUCAUAUACAAUAAGAGCGCUUUGGAGAUGUUGGAGAGGUUGGAUUUGGCUUUCGGGGCGUUGAGGAAUGAACUCUUCGGCCGGUUGCAUAAUGUGGUGAGGAAACAAUUGUUUGAGAAGGUGCAGGACAGUUACGCUUGGCCUGGAAAUGGUGCUGCAUUGUCUUCUUCUGCAUUGGUUGUGAGGUCUCAGGAUGCUCAACCAUACGAGUACAAAGGGCAGAUCUCUGAGCGCUUUGAUGACAACUUGAAACUAAAAAUUGCAAUAGUUGGAUUUGGAAACUUUGGUCAGUUCCUUGCAAAGACCAUUGUACGCCAAGGGCACACGGUUUUGGCGUAUUCUAGAUCGGACUACUCUGAUAGAGCUAAAAAAUUAGGGGUUUCUUACUUCUCUGAUGCAGAUGAUCUUUGUGAAGAGCAUCCAGAAGUGAUUCUUCUUUGUACUUCCAUUCUUUCUGCUGAGAAAGUUCUGAAGUCAUUGCCGCUUCAAAGAUUGAAAAGGAGUACUCUGUUUGUGGAUGUACUUUCUGUGAAAGAAUUUCCAAGAAGUUUGUUUCUUCAAAAUCUGCCACCAUAUUUUGAUGUUCUCUGCACACAUCCUAUGUUUGGACCCGAGAGUGGUAAAAAUGGGUGGAAUGAUCUUUCUUUUGUUUAUGAUAGGGUUAGGAUUGGAAGUCAGGAAUCAAGAGUAUCGCGGUGCGACCAGUUUCUUGAUAUUUUUGCACGAGAAGGGUGCCGAAUGGUGGAAAUGUCUUGUGCAGAGCAUGAUUGGCAUGCGUCAGGGUCACAGUUCAUCACUCACACAAUGGGAAGGGUUUUGGAAAAGUUAGGGUUGGAGUCAACACCAAUUAACACAAAGGGUUACGAGACACUGUUGAGUUUGGUGGAGAAUACUGCAGGGGAUAGCUUUGACCUUUACUAUGGCUUGUUCAUGUACAAUGUAAAUGCGAUGGAACAGCUAGAGAGGUUGGACCAUUCUUUUGAAUUGUUGAAGAAGCAGCUCUUUGGGCGGUUACAUGGUGUUCUUCGGAAGCAACUGUUUGGGAAUGCAGAGAAGCUCCAAAUUUCGUGGGAAAGACAAGUGUUGCCACAAGUAUCUCAAAGCAGUGCCGCAUUGGCAUCUUCUUUGGAGACUGUCCAAAACAAUUGAGUUCCAUGUUCCAGCCAUUUGGCAAGCGGUACUCGUACGUCUUCUUGGAUUAAAAAAAUUAAAUAAAAGCAUGGUUCGGAAGUUUGAACCCUGAGAUUUUUAAGGUUCAAGCACUUUGGCUUUGCAUGUAACUAGAGGUAGAUAUAGUUAUUUGAGAUUUUAUAUGCAAUAUUCAGAUCCUUAGUUGUGUCAUUGCUGGUACCUAGAUUUGGAAAAUAAAAUCCAAUUUGAGGAUUCAACAUUCUAUUAUCAAAUAUAGUGUGCUGUUAGUAGCUGGUUUGAAAUUUUA